CACACACUCUCUCUCUCUGAAGCAGUGAAUGAACACAACAGUUUACAAAUAAACCUUCUCAAAUCGCCCGCCUUCUGCGCUCUACAUUCUCAUUGGUCGCUGGCGCAGUUGCCACGGAGAUACUGUAGCAACGCCUAUCAGCACUCCUCCCUUUUGUCCAAUUAUGGCAGCCGCGUUGGCGUGUGUGAGCGCUGAUUGGCUCGUCGUGCGGCGCUGUUGUCGGUCAGGCGCGAGAUGUGAAGGCGCUCAGCUCAGCGCGUUAUUUGUGAUUGUUUUGACGGAUUUGUGUAAACAGAAGAACAGCCAACGGUCGCUCAUCCGCGGACUGCGACGCACACAGACAGCGGUAAGCGCUUUACACGCUGUUCGUGUCGAUGCUGUUGAAUCGGUUCGCGUUGUCACUGAAUGUUUUCUCGGAUCAGAUCUCCUCAGAUGAUGGUUCUGGACGGCUUCGGCUGCGGGAAGAGCCUCGGCGCGGCGGCGGCGCGCGGGGAUGUGGACGCGGUGCGGCGGAUGCUGCAGGAUCACCGGCUCCAACCGGACACGCUGAACGAGUUCGGGAAGACCGCACUGCAGGUGAUGAUGAUGGGCUCUCCCGGCGUGGCGAGUGUGCUGCUGGACCACGGCGCCGAUCCAAACGUCCAGGACCGCUGCGGAGUGACCCCUGCACACGACGCGGCCCGCACCGGCUUCCUGGACACGCUGAGGGUUCUGGUGGACCACGGCGCCUCCGUCAACGUCCCUGACCACAGCGGAGCCCUGCCCCUUCACAUCGCCAUCCGCGAGGGCCACGGGGACGUGGUGGAGUACCUGGCCCCGCUCUCGGACCUGGGGCACCGGGACGGCCGCGGGGCCGACGCUCUGGCCGUGGCGCGGGACGCUCGCGCUCCGGAGAUGGUGGAGCUUCUGGAGCGCCUGCUGGCAACCAGCUCGCACUGAAGAACUCGACCCAUGUGUUUGGGGAGCCCUCUCCGCUCAUUAGCGGGUUGUAUUUAUAUUAAUAUGUUGGAUGUAUGAUAGUUGGUAGUUGAACUCACAAUAUUAUCUGGAAUAUGUAGCACUGGUUUUGCACAGAGCGGCUCUCCUCGCGCGGGUUUGCCAGGCACACGUGUAAAUAACUCUUUCUUUGGUGUUUUACAAAACAUUUCUGUGCAGAAACUUGAACUGUUAAUAUUUUUAUUCUUGUGAAAUUAUUUCUUGCCAUCCACGCACCGAUUGAUUCUCACGUUGUGCUUAAGUUUGCUGGGAGUUUUUCACGGAUUAACGUCUGUAAAUAACAUUUUAUGAAUUUAUUUGACUUAUUUAUUGAAGAAUUGUAUAUUAACGUUUAUGUUUACCGUGGUAUUUCAGAUGUUAUUUAUUAAGGUGUUUAAUAAACUGAAAAUCAG